CUGAAAUUAUAAUACCCUAUGCAAUAUGUAAAAAAUAUAUUUGCAAUGCCAGAAAACUGUGUAAUUAUAAUUUCAUAGAAUAAUAAGAUGAAUUGAUUGGAAUCAGACUUGUUAUUUUCGUAUUUUUUUUUUAUUGGGACUGCAAAGCUGUAAGGUUAUUUGACAAUGAAGGACUGCACCAGUAUUUUGGAUGGCGAGUUUCAGAUUCUGCGCGUGACUCCAAAAUUUUUUGAUGAAGUGGAAGAGUUGCUGGUCAAUGUUUCGGUGAACGAUGAGUUGGGAUGCCUGAUCACUAAUUUGAAGGAGUCGCAAUUGGCCAUAGACGAGCUUCGUAAGUUGAUUAGGCACAUCCUAUCCUUGGGAAUAUCUUUCGCCAUACGACAUGUAGAAAGUGGGACAGUUGUGGCCGCCAUCGCCAAUAUCAUAUUUAAUGUGAAGAGAAAGAGCUCUUAUUAUGAUGUUAGCGCCCAGAUCAAAAGCCCAAGCAUGAUCAAAUAUGUCCAGUUGUGGGAUGCUGUCGAUUCGAGCUUCGAUAUCAAUGAGCAAUAUCAGGUGGACAGUACCAUGGAGGUGGAAUAUUUGGGCACUUUGUCAAAUUUUAGAAGUCGGGGCCUGGCCAGCAUUUUGUGCCAGCAUUCCAUCUAUUCAGCGGGGCUCAUGUCCCAGGGGAAGCUACCACCAGAGCUGUUUACCCAACUCCCUGAGGAGAUGCAGAUUGAAAGACCACAGGCUGUUGUCGCCGUGGGCACAUCCCAAACUUCACGAAAAAUGGGCCACAAACUGGGGAUGCAAGCUGUCCACAAGUGGCAGUUUUCCGAGCUGAGAUCUUUUAGUGGUAUGAUCGUUGAGAGCAGUAGCAAAGAAUCUUUACAAUUUGCCGAGCUGCAAGUAAUGAUGAUUUAACGAAGUUAAAUUCGAUUUAACUGGAGCAGCUAAUAAAAAAGGCCAAAAAUCUCUUAUA